AUGAGGCUUUUUGAGAAUUAUGCGGCUUCUUGUCGGCCGACGAAUAAGCGAGACUUCAAUAUGGAUCAGUUGGCUAAUCUUCUCCAAUCGUUCCAAAUGGACGAAGUGGCCACCAAACAAUACAACUCGCUGUUUUUCUCAAUGGCAGAUAUGCAAAUCGAGAAGUUCAUGGGAAAAUGGUAUACGGUAGUUGAUUCAAAGGAAGUGCACAAGGAGGAUUGCGGCAUUUUUUAUUGUGAGUUAGUUUUUGGGAAAAUUGAACAAAAACCAUUUUCAGUCGACAUGGUUCUUCAAACCCCUUACACUGCAACAUUCACAUCUAAACAGUACGCUUUUCUGAACAAUGACGUUGUCACAAAUGAGGGUUACGGUAGCAUGGUCGGACCGGAACCUGGCGCAGUUUUGAUUACAACUGGACAUGAAAGGGAUCAGUGUCCAUUUUUCCCAGUCCGAAUCGGUGGUUUAAAUGAUGAGGGAGAGUAUCAAUACAUGAUUUUGAGUACACCACUGAAGUAUCCAACUAUGGUAUUGACAAGAGAUAUGGAACAAUUCGAGACAAAAUGGAAGCGUGAAGUGUAUGAUUUUGUCGAAAAAAAUGGUUUUAUGAGUCCAAUGGCAGCAUUGAAUACUCGUCUCCAUUUCACAGAUACCGAUGUUUGCCGAAAAGUGAAUAAGCUUUAUGAGAAUGGAAAUGUUUGA